GCGUUCCGGCUAGCCAGAUUCCUCCGCAAUCACCAGAAGGUCCACGAGGAGGGCCACACACGCUUUGGCUGCACCAGCUGCGGGAAGAGCUUCCAGGGGAGGUCAGGCCUGGCGAGGCACCGCUGCGGGGAGAACCAGGUAGGCAAGGAGGGCAGGAGGAUGGCCACUGCAAGCACGACAGGGGGAGAAGAGUGCCGGUACACAUGUGACCAGUGUGGCCGCUCCUACGCCCAUGCCAGCUCCCUUCUCAACCACAAAAACACCCACACCGUCGGCAUUUACCACUGUGCCGUGUGCCUCAAGACCUAUUCCAACCUCCUGGCCCUCAAGAACCACCGGCGCAUUCAUUCAGAGAUACGGCGUCACCGCUGCCCAGAAUGUGGCAAGGCUUUCCGUGUCUCCUCCCAGCUCAACAGCCACCGUCGCGUCCACCUAAAGGAGAGGGAGCUAACUUGUGGCCCCUGCCAGCGCAGCUUCCCCAGCCAGGCCAGCUUCCGGCUCCACCAGGAGAUCUCCCACGGCCAAGCCCCCAGGCCCCCCCAGCAGAMACAGGCCAGGGCUGGGGGAGCCUCUGGGGGCACAUCCGGGGGCGGGAGCUCAGGCCUUARCUGGGRCUCCGGCCUGGAUCUCACGYUGUUGCAGGCCCAAGGACUGGWCCCCAAUGGACUACCCAAAAUGAACUCCCUGUCCUUCCAAGGCCCCAGUGGCAGCAGGAGCCGUGGGGCGACGGGGACCAAGUCGCACRUCUGCAACCAGUGCGGCCGCKSCUACCUCCACGCCAGCUCCCUCCUYAACCACAAAAACAGUCACAAAACAGGCGCCUACUUCUGUAACUCCUGUCAGAAGGAGUUUCCCAACCUGAUGUCCCUCAAGAACCACCGGCGCAUUCACACUGAGCCCAAACGUUUCCAGUGCCCCGACUGCGGAAAGUCCUUCCGUGUGUCCACCCAGCUCAUCUGCCACAGGCGCAUCCACACCAAGGAAAAGCCCUUUUCCUGCCAGCAGUGCGACAAGCGCUUCUCCAGCAAGUCCAACCUGCGCCACCACCAGAAGGUGCACUGGAGCAGCUCAGCGCCCCCUACCAUGGCCAUGGGCGCUGCCAGCUUCUUGGGUCAUCCACCAAUUGGCGCAGGGAGACCACCCAAGUCGCAUGUCUGCGACCAGUGCGGCCGUGGUUACCGCCAUGCCGGAUCCCUCCAGAACCACAAGAACAUCCACAAGACAGGCGCCUAUUUCUGCAGCUCUUGUCAGAAGGAGUUCUCCAACCUGAUGGCUCUCAAGACCCAUCGGCGCAUCCACACUGAGGUCAAACGCCACCGGUGCUCAGAUUGUGGAAAGGCCUUCCGUGCGCCUAGCCAACUCAUCGUCCACCGGCGCAUUCACACCCAGGAGAAGCCCUUCUCCUGCCAGCAAUGCACCAAACGCUUCUCUAGCAAGUCCAACCUACGCCACCACAUGAAGUUGCAUUGGAGCGGCUCAGCGCCUUCCAGUUUCCUGGGUAAAUCGGUAAUUGGUGGGGGGGCCAAGUCGCACGUCUGUGACCAGUGUGGCCGUGCCUACCGCCACGCCAGCUCCCUCCUCAACCACAAGACCAUCCACAAGACUGGCGCUUAUUUCUGCACCUCCUGUCAAAAGGAGUUUCACAAUCUGAACGCCCUCAAGAACCACCGGCGCAUCCAUACGGAGACCAAGCGCUACGAGUGCCCGGAGUGCGGAAAGUCCUUCCGUGUGUCCACCCAGCUCAUAAUCCACMGGCGCAUCCACACCAAGGAGAAACCUUUCUCCUGCCAGCAGUGCGACAAGCGYUUCUCCAGCAAGUCCAACCUGCGCCACCACAUGAAGUUGCAUUGGGGCAGCUCAGYGCGCCCUGUGCGCACCAAUGUGUCUGUGGCUGCUACCAGUGCCACCCUCUUGGCUCUGCCUCAGACCCAUAUCUGUACAAAGUAUGGGUGGGGAAAGGGGAAGCAUUGAAAUGCCGAGGUGCCAAAACUUUUCUUCACCCUCCUUCACCACCAUCUCCCUGUUGUUAUAGACUGUGAUUUUCAUAGAGCAGGUUAUGUGGUCUAGACACUCAAGGCCMUGCAUGCAACCCCAGACAAGGGGGAAAAGUGGACUUGACAUGGACGAUAUCUACACUGGUUAGGACACGGGUUGCAAAAUCUUCACCCAUCUGCCUUCAUCCCACCCAAUCAGUUAGCUGUGCUUGCUGCAUUCACUCGAUGGCCUUUGCUAGGGGACAACAACCCUUCCACCUGCAACGGUACACCAGGAUUACUGGUAAAAAACCUUCAAUAUAAAGGUUUUGGGAUUGUUCCUUUUUGACUGCUACACAUAACAUCCCAUCUGUUAAUCUUCAAUGAAGCCUAUGCUUGCAAAUAUGAAUUUGUGCUUAACUGACUUGCCUAGAUACAUAAAAAAAAAAAAAUUACAUUUAAAAAAAAAUGUGCGGCUUUUGUUGUGUCAUACAGUAUUGAAGAGUAAAUAAUGGAUUUUAAACGUAUGCGCAAUAUGUUGGAUUAAAGAGUAGAUGUACUUUGACAUUUGACAUUGUAAAGAUUGAGUUUUAACGGUGAAUGUAGUGGUUGGAGAUGUCACAUUUCUGUAAUAUAGAACUGACCUGAGGGUGUAUUGCUCUCUCGUGAGGUUCUAAUCGUUUUCUAACUUGUGUGUUUCUUGCAGCACRAAGAUGAGCUUCAAACCUUAUUUUUCUGCAGAUGACGACAAUGCUCUUAAUGGGUUGCUACUUUCUGGCAUUUCUGUAUUCCUCCCAUUAUUUCAAAAUGGCUCUUGGCACCAAUAUUUUCAACACUACGCCUAACCAGCAAGAGCAUAUAGAUGAUUCAAAAAAACAUGGAUAAAAGUAAAGAAAUGUAUAUUGUUAGGCCGGUGCCGACAUUUGGUUUUUAUCAUGUAUCGUAAUUAUACUUCUGACUGUAUUAUAAAUAGUGCAGCUUUUAUAAAUCAUUAUAGUAUGCUUAUUUGUAGCAGCACUUGUAACAGAAAUGCUAGUUUUAGGAUCUCUCCGUUUAGGAGAAGUGUUGUAACCACCCCUUGUCCUUACACAUACCCCUGACUCUUCAUCRUGUAUGUAUAAUUGACAUGGAGUCAAGGAUGAAGGACUCUGACACUUUUUAAAUUGACUGUACUUCCUUAAGUUUCCUUUGUACAACAAACAGGGAGCUGCUAUGCGUGUUUUGAUUGCAGUAUGAAGUUUAAGGAAGAUGAAGGAUUAUUGCUGACAUGUUUGCCUUUUGAGUGAUGUGUCUGUCUUCCCUCAACUCAGACGGGACACUUCUGUUUCACACACACACAAAAAGAAAAGAAACCACACUUACAAACAUAACUUUGUGAAAGUUUAGCGCAUUUAUUAUGUUUAGUUUGUUACUCUUGUAUUGUAACCUUUGUAUUCAUUCAUUAGUGAGUAUUUCCUUAUACAAUUGUGUUAUAUUCAACUAUUCAAAGCUCUGUGUACAUAUUUUACUGGGAGAACUGCUAGUAAGUGAAAUAAAGUCACAGUGAAUUGAUUUAGUAGUGAUGUGAUAAAACUAGACCACAUUUAUAUUUUAGUUAAACCUAAAAAAAAUAUAUAUACAAAAUGGACACUUUUGAACCUAGUUUAGAAAGAAUUGCUUUGAACAAGUAUUCAUUUCAAGUUCUUACUUUUUGUUUCAAGUAUAUAUGUAAUGCUUACUAUACACUUUUAUAAACUAUGUUUUGAUAAUUAAUUUCUUAACAAAACUUGUCCAUAUUAUUAUCCCUAAUGCUKAGUACUGAAAAUAAAUAGCU